GUCGACCCAUCACACAGAAAAACCCAAAAGAGAAAGACUUUUAACUGUCAAUAUUUUCUAGUAUCAAUGGGAGGAGGAGAGCCGAUGGAUCAUCAUCAUCACCGAAUCUCGGCCAUGAAAUCCAACGGCGUAGCAGAGUCCGACGGUGUGGGCCAAGGGAAACUAUACUCUCCAAACUACGCCAUCAAAGUCGCUACGAAAGCCGACGAAAACGUGGGCCAAGGGGAACUUUAUUCUCCUGACCACGCGAUCAAAAUCGCUACGAACUCUGAAAAAACCUCAGAGAAGCCUAAACUUAAUAACUCCGAGGAAUCAUCUGAUUCAGAAGAGAAGCAGAGGAAGACGAUGAUGUUGGGGCUGAAGGAUCUUUCGGAGGUUAAGGAUAAAGUAUUAGAGAAACUAGCCGCUGCUGCUGUUCCGUCGGAAUCGCUGGAAAACACUAAACAGUUUUUGGAAGGUGUGAUCAAAGAUUUCGCUGGAGCGGCGCAGGGGAUGACCAAAGACGCGUUACACCGGAUUAAAACUCAUCUUGCUGAUAUUCUUCCCUCUGUCUCUCCUGCCGUCACCGAAAAGAUGGUUGACGAUGCGGAGAAGGAAGCAAUUAAGGGCGAGGAAGAAGAUGAGAGAAAGUCAAAAGAAAGUCCCGGAGAAGAAUUUGCCGGAAAGUUGCCGUAUGUGUCUCCCACGUCUUCAUUUUUCGGCUCUCUCACCAAACCUUUCUCAAAGCUUUGACGGGUUUUUUUUACGUUGUUGUACGCGUACGUGAUGAUCUGAGAUGGAUACGAUGAAAAUCUGAGGUUUCUGAGACAACCUGAUAUUCCAUGUCUGCUUAUAUUGAGUGAAGAUGCAUACUUUAAAUGUUUUAAGAAAACAGAGUUUCACGCCUUUUUAUGUUCUAGGCCAUAAGAUUGUUUAGCACACAAACUCAAAGUUAAAUAUAAGAAACCAAUGUUUACGGAGAUAUUAAGGAAAAAUAUCUUCUUGUCUGUACAAAUUAUACAAGGACGUAUGUAUAUAUAUUUGUAAUGUAAAUCAGAGGUUGAGAUGAAUACAAGAGA